GCCAAUCAGUGCCACCUAUCAGUGCCAGUCAGUGCCGCCUAUCAGUGCCAUCAGUGCCGCCUAUUAGUGCCAGUCAGUGCCGCCUAUCAGUGCCAUAUAACAGUGCCAUGUAUCAGUGCUGCCUUUCAAUGCCCAUCAGUGAUACCUGUCAAUGCCCAUCAUUGUCACCUACAAGUGCCUCCUCAUCAGUGCCCAUCACUGCCACCUAUCAGUGUCCAUCAGUGCAGCCUAUCAGUGCCCAUCAGUGCAGCCUCAUUAGCGCACAUCAGUGAAGGAGAGAAAUCACUUAUUUACACAAUUUUAUAA